UUCACAGGCCCCUGCAGCUCCUUCACCAUGAACUGGCACUUGAUCAUCUCUGGGCUUAUUGUGGUGGUGCUUAAAGUUGUCGGAAUGACUUUCUUUCUACUUUAUUUUCCACAGAUUUUUAACAAAAGUAACGAUGGUUUCACCACCACCAGGAGCUAUGGAACAGUCUCACAGAUUUUUGGGAGCAGUUCCCCAAGUCCCAACGGCUUCAUUCCCACAAGGAGCUAUGGAACAGUCUGCCCCAAAGACUGGGAAUUUUAUCAAGAAAGAUGUUUUCUCUUACCUACUUCUGAAUCAUCUUGGAAUGAAAGCAGGGACUUUUGCAAAAGAAAAGGAUCCACAUUGGCAAUUGUCGACACGCCAGAGAAACUGAAGUUUCUUCAGGACAUAGCUGAUACAGAGAAGUAUUUUAUUGGCUUAAUUUACAAUCGUGAAGAGAAAAGGUGGCGUUGGAUCAACAACUCUGUGUUCAAUGGCAAUGUUACCAAUCAGAAUCAGAAUUUCAACUGUGCGACCAUUGGCCUAACAAAGACAUUUGAUGCUGCAUCAUGUGACAUCCACUACCGCAGGAUCUGUGAGAAGAAUGCCAAAUGAUCACAGUUUCCUGUGACAAGACCAUACUUGCAACUCUUUUUGAAUCCACACAGGUCAUCUGGCCAGUGAUUCUUUUACUUACCUAUCUGUCUACCAGCAGCGGUCCUUGCCCAUUUGAGAAACUGAGCUUCUUUCUUCUGCACGGGGGGGACUGGAUGCUAGCCAUCUCCAGGAGACAGGAUCAGUCUUAUGGAAACAACUCAGUUGGUAUAGAGAUGAGGUCUGCUUCUGUAGUACUGAGCAUUUCCGACUGAUCAAAAGGGCCUAGUCUGUUGACAGGGUUUGUUUUAUUUUAGCCUCAGAGUAUCCACCGUACUACC